AUGUUAACGUACCAACAAUAUUCAGCAGAGGGUGACGGUGUUGUAGGCAGCAACGCGGGAAGUCCAAAAUUCGUUCAACAGUUGAGCGAUGCUAUUGGAACACCUCCACAGGUUGCUAUGGUGUACUGCAGUGGUAUGGUGUCACCACAGUCCUCAUUUUGUAACGUUUCGGAUAUGUCCGCUUCUGCCUCAGGUGAUGAUUAUGAAUACACUGGCGGCUCCGGAGAUGGUUACCAGAAGACAUCCAAACGGAGCUACCACGGAUCUUCGGGCGCUGCUUCCGCCUCUUCAUACCAUCCCUAUCGGCGUUAA